GCUUCUGAGUCCACUGGUCACAGUAUUACAGCAUGCCUCUCGAACGAGCUGUAGCAGCCCAACACUUGUCGAUCAGCAGUCGGAUGAAACUUGCUGCUCUGCUUCCCCGAAUGACUCCCCUGACUCUUUGGAGCCAACAUUGUGAGAAAAAAACUCCCUUCCCUUCGCUUCCUUCAGCAUUUGACCCCUUUCUGCUGGAGCUGCAGCUGCAGCUGGAGAGGAGAUAUUUUAAGCCAAGGCAGUUUGUAAUUCUACUGAAUCUGAUGGAUUCCUGUCGGCGUUCUUCGAGUUCGAAAUAUUCAGAGUUUCAUCGAUAAGACAGACGAGGGCUAGGAAAAGAAGGCCAGCGAGCUUAAAUCAUCUCUUCGGUUGCUAGCAGGAGCAAGGAGUCGCCAUUCCAGAUCUUUAUUUCUCUUUAUUUCUCUGAUUCUCAUGGCUUCUGAGGGUGGUGGCAAAGCAUCCAAGUGAGAACAGCAUGUAACGUGGGGAGAGAGAGAAAGAGCCUGACUAGCUCUAGGCUGGAGAAAGGGACGGUUGGUGGUUCAGACGCGUGGUUUCGUUUCAUAAGUCGGGCGUUGCAGGAUUCACGAGUGGCUUCGAUUAUUGGAGUGGAGCUGGUGGGACGACCGUCCUCCCGAGCGCACACUGGCUGCGCCUUCCGUUCGCUAGUGACUCGUUGUCUUCUCCCAUGUUUCCUUGUCUGGCGCCGAGUUCGUUCAGCUGUUGUCGAUGAAACAUUUGGACACUUCUGGACAGAAUCUGGGCAUGGCCUCCGACGAAAUUGCUGGCUCUCUGCCAACAGUUUUAUCAGAAUGAGGUCCCCUUUUAUGUGCUUUGCUUCAGGACUUCACCUCACACACAACAUUAACGGGCACUUCGUGUUCAGAUUCCUUACAAAUGUCCUCUUGUGAAUUAAUGUUCCCAGAAGACAGUAGUUAAUGUUGACAGUAUCCAUCAUGAACUAUCGGUGUAUCACGAAAGAGAAUUCUUAUUCAGAAACAUCAUGAAAGUGUUCAAUCCAGAUUUUCUUAACAGAAUAGUUCUC